UAUCAAGUGCGUCAAUAUACCGUGAGUGAAUUUAUCAAUUACGACAAAGUUCUCAAGCAAAAAUUGAAUUAGAGACAUGUAAAAUUUGCCAUAAUUAUAAUAAGUGGUGGAACCCUAUGGUGUAUUCGCUUCCUGGACCCAGCCAUUAUAUGAUUUUGUUUGAAUUCUGAGUUGUAAAGUGUAAAGAUCCAUCUUUUUAACGCUACGAGUGAAAAUGGGUCGCCGUCCAGCGCGGUGUUAUCGCUACUGUAAAAACAAGCCGUACCCGAAAUCUCGAUUCUGCCGGGGUGUUCCUGAUCCGAAGAUCCGUAUUUACGACCUUGGACGUAAAAAGGCCCGUGUCGAUGAGUUCCCACUCUGUGUCCAUCUUGUGUCUCGGGAGUUUGAGCAGCUCUCAUCUGAAGCUCUAGAGGCCGCUCGUAUAUGUGCGAACAAGUACCUCGUCAAGACCUGCGGUAAAGACGCCUUCCAUCUUCGUGUGCGUCUUCACCCUUACCACGUGCUACGUAUAAACAAAAUGUUAUCAUGCGCGGGCGCUGAUCGUCUACAAACGGGAAUGCGUGGCGCCUUCGGUAAGCCCCAAGGCACAGUUGCCCGAGUGAACAUCGGCCAAAUCAUUAUGUCGGUUCGCGCCAAAGAACAGCACCGCGAGAGUGUUGUUGAGGCACUGCGCCGUGCUAAGUUCAAGUUCCCUGGCCGUCAGCGUGUUUACGUAUCGCGCAAAUGGGGUUUCACUAAGUGGGACCAGGAUGACUACCAAGAGAUGCGCGUGGAUGGCCGAUUGAAGCCCGACGGUGUCACUUGCCAGUACCGCAAUUCGCACGGACCCUUCACGAACUGGAUCCAAAUCCAACGUGAGCUUAGGGCAUGAACGCGUUAUAAGGAGACUACCAUCACCGGUGAACGUUGCCGUGACACAUUAAUCGUUGGUAUGAGGUAUAAUAAAGAACCAAUGCCUUAACCAUGAAAAUCA